CAAUAGUUAGGCUGGUUCAAAAAGCUCUCCAUGGUGACUGGAAUGCUGUAGGAGAGAAUAGCAUGGAAAAAUAGAAACAGCUUUCAUUAUUAAAAAGAUAAAUUGUGAGCCAUGCUAUUAUAAGCAGCAUGUUGAGGUAUUUUGAUGUUUAUGAUUCUUCAUGGAGAUUAUGCAGGGUCUAAAAUUUUCUGAUUUGCGAGAAUGCUGACAUUUUAAAUUUCUUCAUUAAAUUGGACCUUUUUGGUCCAGAGAGGCAUGUUUGAAGGGGUUAGCUAGCCAUCUGUUUGAUGUAGGAGUGUGAAUAAAUUAUGUAGAUCUCUGGGCAUUGUAUCCAAUGAGCUAAGCCAGGACUCUCAGUGGAGAGGAAGAUAGUUAAUAGGCUGGCUGUCGCUCUGGGUUGCUGCAUAAAUGGUAGGAGCAGCCGCUCUAUGGUUAUUAGGUGGGGAGAGCGGAAUGACGUCAUCAUUUGGGAGCCGCUGCAGGACCGAGUGGAAAGCUGCUGCUGAUGGCAUUGUUUUUGUGGCAGCAGCUGAAUGACAGAUCCUCACUACAAAGAUACCCAUUUGGCCCCCGUGUAGGCCUCCUGGUUCGGGUGUUUCACCAUGCCAGCACAGCGCCAUGAGUCCUGGAUGCAUGCUGCUAUUUGUGUUUGGCUUCGUUGGCGGGGCGGUGGUCAUUAAUUCUGCUAUCUUAGUGUCUCUCUCUGUUUUGCUGCUUGUGCACUUUUCUAUUUCUACCGGUGUGCCAGCUCUGACGCAGAACCUGCCAAGGAUACUCAGAAAAGAACGCCCUAUAUCCUUAGGAAUUUUUCCAUUACCUGCUGGAGAUGGAUUGCUUACACCUGACACUCAGAAAGGAGGUGAGACCCCAGGAUCAGAGCAAUGGAAAUUUCAAGAAUUAAGUCAACCACGUUCUCAUACCAGUCUGAAGGUCAGCAAUAGUCCUGAACCUCUGAAGGCUGUAGAACAGGAGGAUGAACUUUCUGAUGUUAGCCAAGGUGGAUCUAAAGCUACCACUCCAGCAUCAAUAGCUACUUCAGAUGUGGCAGCAAUUCCUCCUGAUACUCCCUUAAAGGAAGAUAAUGAAGGAUCUGUGAAGGGUACUGACACACCAAAUAAGUCAGACAUAAGCAAACAUAUUGAAGUGCAGGUAGCCCAAGAAACUAGAAAUGCAUCUACAGGCUCUGCUGAAAAUGAAGAGAAGUCAGAAGUUCAAGCAAUCAUUGAGUCCACUCCUGAAUUGGAUAUGGACAAAGAUCUCAGUGGAUACAAAGGUUCAAGCACUCCCACCAAAGGCAUAGAGAACAAAGCUUUUGAUCGCAAUACAGAAUCUCUCUUUGAAGAACUGUCCUCAGCUGGCUCAGGCCUAAUUGGAGAUGUGGAUGAAGGAGCAGAUUUACUAGGAAUGGGUCGUGAAGUUGAGAAUCUUAUACUAGAAAAUACACAACUGUUGGAAACCAAAAAUGCUUUGAAUGUAGUAAAGAAUGAUCUGAUAGCAAAAGUGGAUGAACUCACCUGUGAGAAAGACGUGCUGCAAGGGGAAUUAGAGGCUGUGAAACAAGCCAAACUGAAGCUAGAAGAAAAGAACAAAGAAUUGGAAGAGGAGCUCAGAAAAGCUCGUGCAGAAGCUGAAGAUGCAAGGCAGAAAGCAAAAGAUGAUGAUGAUAGUGAUAUACCCACAGCUCAGAGGAAGCGGUUUACUAGAGUAGAAAUGGCCCGUGUUCUCAUGGAAAGAAACCAGUAUAAGGAGAGAUUAAUGGAGCUUCAAGAAGCUGUUCGAUGGACAGAGAUGAUUCGGGCAUCACGAGAAAAUCCAGCCAUGCAGGAAAAAAAAAGGUCAAGCAUCUGGCAGUUUUUCAGCCGACUUUUCAGCUCUUCAAGUAAUACAACAAAGAAGCCUGAACCACCUGUUAAUCUGAAGUAUAAUGCACCCACCUCUCAUGUUACUCCUUCUGUCAAGAAAAGAAGCAGCACCUUAUCUCAGCUUCCUGGGGAUAAGUCCAAAGCUUUUGAUUUCCUUAGUGAAGAAACUGAAGCUAGUUUAGCCUCACGCAGAGAACAAAAGAGAGAACAGUAUCGUCAGGUAAAGGCACAUGUUCAGAAGGAAGAUGGUCGAGUGCAAGCUUUUGGCUGGAGUCUGCCUCAGAAGUAUAAACAGGUAACCAAUGGUCAAGGGGAAAAUAAGAUGAAAAAUUUGCCUGUGCCUGUCUAUCUCAGACCUCUAGAUGAAAAAGAUGCAUCCAUGAAGCUGUGGUGUGCUGUUGGAGUCAAUUUAUCUGGUGGGAAGACCAGAGAUGGUGGUUCUGUUGUUGGAGCAAGUGUAUUUUACAAAGAUGUUGCUGGUUUGGAUACUGAAGGCAGCAAACAGCGAAGUGCAUCUCAGAGUAGUUUAGAUAAGUUAGAUCAGGAACUUAAGGAACAGCAGAAGGAGUUAAAAAGUCAUGAAGAAUUAUCCAGUCAAGUCUGGAUCUGUACCAGCACUCAUUCAGCUACAAAAGUCAUCAUCAUUGAUGCUAUUCAACCAGGCAACAUCCUUGACAGUUUCACUGUUUGCAACUCUCACGUUCUUUGCAUUGCAAGUGUCCCAGGAGCCCGAGAAACAGACUAUCCUGCAGGAGAAGAACUUUCAGAAUCUGGUCAGGUGGACAAAGCAUCUUUAUGUGGAAGCAUGACAAGCAACAGCUCAGCAGAGACAGAUAGCUUGUUGGGAGGCAUCACAGUGGUUGGUUGCUCCACAGAAGGUGUGACAGGAACUGCCACUUCUCCUAGUACCAAUGGUGCUUCACCAGUGAUAGACAAACCACCAGAAAUGGAAGCGGAAAAUAGUGAGGUUGAUGAAAAUGUUCCAACAGCAGAAGAAGCAACUGAAGCCACAGAAGGCAAUGCAGGAUCCACUGAAGACACUGUGGACAUCUCCCAGCCUGGUGUAUACACAGAGCAUGUCUUUACAGAUCCUUUAGGAGUUCAGCUCCCAGAAGACCUCUCUCCAGUCUAUCAGUCAAGUAAUGACUCAGAUGUGUAUAAAGAUCAAGUAUCAGUAUUGCCAAAUGAACAAGACCUGGUGAGAGAAGAAGCUCAGAAAAUGAGUAGUCUUUUACCAACCAUGUGGCUUGGAGCUCAAAAUGGCUGUUUGUAUGUCCAUUCAUCUGUAGCCCAGUGGAGGAAAUGCCUCCAUUCCAUUAAACUUAAAGAUUCGAUUCUCAGUAUUGUACACGUGAAAGGAAUUGUGUUAGUGGCCCUGGCUGAUGGCACCCUCGCAAUCUUUCACAGAGGAGUUGACGGACAGUGGGACUUAUCAAACUAUCAUCUCUUAGACCUUGGACGGCCUCACCAUUCCAUACGAUGUAUGACUGUGGUACACGACAAAGUCUGGUGUGGCUACAGAAACAAAAUCUAUGUGGUUCAGCCAAAGGCCAUGAAAAUAGAGAAAUCAUUUGAUGCACAUCCCAGGAAGGAGAGCCAAGUGCGGCAGCUUGCAUGGGUGGGUGACGGUGUGUGGGUCUCCAUUCGUUUGGAUUCCACACUUCGUCUCUAUCAUGCACACACUUACCAACAUCUACAGGAUGUGGACAUUGAGCCUUAUGUAAGCAAAAUGUUAGGUACUGGAAAAUUGGGCUUCUCUUUUGUGAGGAUUACAGCUCUUAUGGUGUCUUGCAAUCGUUUGUGGGUGGGGACAGGAAAUGGUGUCAUUAUCUCCAUCCCAUUGACAGAAACCGUAAUCCUCCACCAGGGACGUUUACUGGGGCUGAGGGCAAAUAAAACCUCAGGAGCAACAGGAAAUCGUCCUGGCAGUGUAAUCCGUGUAUAUGGUGAUGAAAACAGCGAUAAAGUGACUCCAGGAACAUUUAUACCCUAUUGUUCAAUGGCACAUGCACAGCUUUGCUUCCAUGGACACCGGGAUGCUGUGAAAUUCUUUGUGGCAGUCCCAGGUCAAGUCAUUAGCCCACAAAGUGGCAGUAGUGGCACAGAUUUAACAGGUGAUAAAGCAGGACCAUCUGCACCGGAGUCCAGCAGCCAGACACCCUUGAAGUCUAUGCUUGUCAUCAGUGGAGGAGAGGGCUACAUUGACUUCCGGAUGGGUGAUGAAGGUGGAGAAUCAGAACUUCUUGGAGAAGAUCUUCCACUUGAACCAUCUGUCACCAAAGCAGAAAGAAGUCACUUGAUAGUAUGGCAAGUGAUGUAUGGCAGUGAGUGAGCCCAUAGGAUACAGGUGGAGAUAGGGACAUGUCUCUUCUGCAUGGUUUAUUUUUCCUUUUCCCCUUUAUUUAAUGCUUUUUUUUUUUUUUUUUUUUUUUUUGUGGUGAAAUAAGUUUCACCACAUAAUAUGUGAGCAUUUCUUCCUGUUAACUUUAUAUUACAAAAUCUGUCCUGCCGUAACAAUACAGAGGAAUUAGCUGUUUUACUGCACCAGUGUUAUAGGCAAUUUCAGUAUAUUAUGAACAAAUCAAAGAAUUACUUUCUUCAAACUGGUGAAUUACAGAAAGCAAUCCAGAUGUGGUUUUUUCUGCCACAGUCUAAUGUCACUCACUUCAUUUGAUGGGGUCACUUUUUAGCUGUCACUAAUAAUGGAAUUAUUGGAAAACACUUGAUAAAUGAAACUGUACCAUUAAGUACUAUAACAGAGUUUUCCCCGGUGUAUAUAAAAUUGACACACACUACUAUCAGAUGGAGUAUCAGGAUUUGUCUAACUAUCCCAAAAAGGCUAAAAGCUAACUGUAAAUUAACUUUCACUUUUCAAGUCUGACAAAUCUUGUUUAUAUGGUAUAUAAAACUUUGUUUUCAUCAGAUUUUCAGGGGGUUUUAUAUUAAAGAAAUUAAGACUACACUAUUUAAAUAAAAGUUUCCUGUUUCUGACUUAUUAGAGCUCUAAAGUUUAUGAGGCCUGCUUCUCUGAAUAUCCUGAUUUUUUUUUUUUUUUGAGACUAGUUUCUCUUGUUUUCAAACUGACACGUUUGAGAGGUUUAUAAUUUAUAAAGCUUAGAAGAAGCUUUAGCCUUGUGUUUUGCAUUCAUCCUACCAGAGAUGAUGGUAGUUAAUUCGGGUUUUUUUUCCUUAUAAAAUAUCACCUAUUUGCCACAUGUUCCUGGGCUGCUCUGACCUGUUAGAAGUAAAAGUGAAGUCGUGAUGGAGGGUGAUAGAGUCUGUCCUCACCAAUUAAGUGAGGAUUUUGUGUGUAUAUGUGUGUGUGUUCCUGAGGACCAAACCUAGGGCCUCAUGCAUGCCAGUCAAGUAUGCUUACCACUGAGCUACAUCACUAGCCCAUUGAAUAAGAAAUUUGACCAGGAGGGUUGUUUUCUUUUUUCUGUGUAAAACUACUAAAUACUUGGUAUUUUGGAUGUAAGUAACAUGUUUAAGCUUUUGCGCCCUUCUAAGCUCAGUAUUUUGAGCUUAGAUAGUAUUUUAUCUUCAAAAAGGAAAACUAUGAAGGGGAAGAAGACAAAGCUGAUAUACCAUAUAUAUAUAUAAAGUCAAGGCUGAUAAUUAUAUCUUUUCAAUUAACAGUAUCCAUUCAAAAAAUAGAUUAGAAUCUAGAUUUGACUGAUUUUUUUUUCCCUUAGUAAGUUUUUUAAAACCAUGAUGCUUUAGGUUUUUCCCUCUCAAGCUUCUUGAAAAUGUAUGGUUUACCAUUUCUUAUUGUUACUCUAGGUAAAGUUAAAUAUAAUUUUAUGCUAUUUUAAAAAUGCAAACCUAUUGGGGCUAGGGCUGGGGCUCAGUGGUAGAGCGCUUGCCUAGCAUGUGUGAGGCACUGGGUUUGAGCCUCAGCAUCACAUAAAAAAUAAAGGUAUUGUGUCCAUCUACAACUAAAAAAAAAAAGAAAAAUACAAACUUACGGGAAAAAUGUUCCCCCGUCAUUGUAAGGACUUCAAAGAAAAAAAAGCAAACACAGGUCUCCAAUUGUCAAAACAUUCUUAGGUACCAGGGUUGGUUUUUUUUUUGUUUUUGUUUUUUUUUCUUUUUCUUCUGAACUAUUACACAAAGAUAUCUGUAAAAACUAUACCAGUGACUUUAACGCAUAUACAUGAUCUGGCUAGGACAUAAAAUACGUGGGAUUUACUGAGCUUUGGAAGACCUUUGGAUCCAUUUGGCCACAUGUGUCUAUAAGCACACUGUAUACACCAUAAAACUGUGGCUAUGUAUGUUUUAGAAGAAAAACCUAUUUUAAUAAAAGCUGUAUGUAACAGAUAAUUUUUUGCUUGAGCUUAGUCACUUAAGGAAACAAAAUUUAGGCCACUUUUCCAUAGCUUGUUUGCUAUGUGUUUUUGUUUUAAUCUUAGCCACUUUUGGCAAUUCCUAAAAAAGCAUUAUUAAACCUUUGUUAAGAAUGUUGUAUAAAUUCAUAGAGACACCAAAGUGUUGGGAAUUUUAAUCCCAAGAGGUAAGCAUCCCAGAGUCAGAUGCCCGACUUGUUCAGAAGCCUUUCACACAUUUGUAUGAUUGAUGUAACUUAGGAAAUCAGGAAUUAACAAUGAACUGUGCAAACGUAGUUGUAAAUGCUCCUUUUAAACUUACCAGCUCUGACUUAAGGAAUAUAGGUGCGUAAUCAUUUUACCUAAAGAUAUCAGAUUGUCUGUGGCCCUGUUAAUUAAUUUCAGGGACCAAAAAGGACAAAAAUGCCUGUAUAAUUUGUUUUAAAGACUUGUGCGUAUAUUUGUAAUUUCAGUUAAACACUUUCUAUAGAUUACUUUCCUUCCUCUUUCCCCCAAUAAUAGGUUUAUAUUCUUGUAAUGUCUACUUUGAUCAAGGUGGUAGUCUUUUGAAGAAAUGACCAAAUGUAAGCUUCUCAAAAGCAGUAGAGGGCUGUAGCUCCCAAAUCCAGAACGAACAAGGAUUGAGUGCCUUGGGUUGGUCUCUCCACAUAGAAAAUUUGCCCCUAUUGGAAGAAAUCAGGGGUACUAAGGAUUCUCAUUUUGUUACAUUGGGUUAUGUAUGAAAUUGAAUCAUAUAAGGUGCUGGGAUUGUGGCUCAGCGGUAGAGCGAUCGUCUAGCACGUGCGAGGCCCUGGAUUCGAUCCUUAGCACCACAUAAAAAUAAAACAAAGGUAUUGUAUCCAACUACUUUUAAAAAAUAAAUAUUAAAAAAGAAGAAGAAGAGGGCUGGGGAUGUGGCUGAAGCGGUAGCGUGCUUGUCUGGCAUGUGUGGGGCACUGGGUUCGAUCCUCAGCACCACAUAAAAAUAAAAUAAAGUUGUUGUGUCCACCGAAAACUAAAAAAUAAAUAUUAAAAAACUGUCAAAAAAAGAAGAAGAAAUUGAGUCAUGAAAUUAUCAUUGUUCAGCCAUAGCUGAUCUAUAGAAAUGGCAUCACUGUAUGCCUCAAUCUAAUACUUAUUAAGUCUAAGUUAAAAUCUCCAUGAGGCAAAGGGAGAAUAUUUUCUAUGGACUCAGUUUUGAGAGUAUUUUUCUGUAACUUGUGUGGAUCUAAAUUGUUAAAAUAGGAAUCAGUCUCUUAAAAAUUGCAACUUGUUGAGAGUGUAAAACAUUUUAGCACAGAAUAUUCAGCACGUGACUUUCCAGAUGAAGUGUGUUUAUGUAGAAAGCCAGGCUCAGUGGUGUACACCUGUAGUCCCAGCUACAUAGGAAGUUGAAGCGGGAGGAUCAUAAGUUUGAGGCCAGCCUCAACAACUUAGUACGACCCUGUCUCAAAAUGAAAAAUAAAAGGACUGGGGAUAUAGCUCAGUGGUAGAGUACUCCUGAGUUCAGUUUCUAAUACCGCAAAAUAAGAAAAAGAAAGGCUAAAAUACAUUCUCUUGAGCCAGGCAUGUUGGCGCAUGCCUGUAGUCCUAGUGACUCAGGAGGCUGAUACCAGAGGAUUGCAAGGUUGAGGCCAGGCAAUUUAACAAGGCCAUAAGAAACUUAAUGAGAUCUUGUCUCAAUGAAAAAAAAAAAAGGCGGGGGCUGGGGAUGUAGCUUAGUGGUUAAGCACCCCUGUGUUCAAUCCCCAAUACAAAAAAAAAAAAAAAAAAGAUUCUCAGUUGCAAUAUUUUUCGUUUCUUCCUGCAUUUGAGAAGAGAACUCUUGACAUAGGCUGCCUUAGUAAUAAAACAUCUCAUAAUAUUAACUGUCCUAAAGGAUGUGUGUCUUGGAAAUGCUGUGGAACUGAAUAUUUAUUUUCUUGUGAGUAUUAUGACCUUUACCAAAGGACUCAACCAGAGUUAGGGCUUUUCUUUGCCCUGUUUUUCCACCCCAUGGUGCUAGGGUUGGAAUCCAGGGCCUUGUGCAUGCUGGGCAAGUGCUCUACCACCAUGCUUCAUUGCCAGUAGGGCUCUUCUUAAUUGAUCAUGUUGAGAAAGUGACUUACUUGGUCUCACUUUGUGACAGGGGAAGAGGAGGAGAGAAGAUGAAAUGUGGAAGUCAUCAAUGCUUUUCUAACAGGGUUAUGCUCUUCUGUAACACUAAUUGUCUUUUUCUUAAAUAAUUAAGUUUUAUUAUUAAUUUUGUCUUGCAUUUCUCAAUAUUUGAAUAUAUUUUAACAAUUUAUGUUCUAAAUUUGUUUUUUGUUCUAGACAUCUUAUCCAGAAUUUUACUUGCCUCCAUAAAGUGGGAUUCUGGAGUGUCCCACUUGACUGUCUUAGAGGCUGAGGCUUUGUUUCUAUGAGCAAAAAGCUCACUUAGCAAUGUAGUUAUUUCAGUAUUUAUUUCUAUUAUGGAAUCCCUGGGGUUCGGAAUGUAACUUUGUACAUGAAAUAUAUAUAAAUAUGUAUAUGAAACAUG